GCGAAUUGACUCAUUUGAUUAUAUUUCGACUGUAAAUAUGGUAGAUGUCAAGGACGGUGCAACAGUUGCUCUCUGACCAUUGGUUGAGAGUGCAGCAAAUUUUCUGGAGGAAGAAAUGAAAUUUCUUAACAUUUUAAUUUUGACUUGGUCACUAAUCCACUCUCCCAUCGUCAUCGUUACGGAAUUGUCGGUGAAAAUGAAACGAGUAUUGAGAAAAAUCGCUGGCAAGUGUCAAUACAACUUUUUUCACAAAUUCCGUUGGUCCAUAUUUUCGAUGGGUCUAUCAUUUCAGAGCAAUGGGUUUUGAGUGCAGCUCAUUGUAUCAUGUGGGUAACUAUCUUUUGAGAAAAAGAUUCAAAACUCCUCUACAUCAAUUGGAAUUUACUUUUCUUGUGUAUUUCAGUGCGGAUUCGGAUGUAGAUGAUUAUUCAAUCCGCGUUAGCUUGCAACCAAAUUAUCCGAGAAUCUACGCACGCGCCCAUGGAUUAAAAGUAUAUCUGGAGUUUAAUCAUUUGAAAUCAAGCCUUAAAUUAUCGUUCACUCAAAUGAAUCCUCUUUGUAAUUCAUUUGAAUGUAAACCUAUAAUUGCAUAACUUUGAUAAAUUGAACCAAUGCAUAUUGCUUCGGUUUUUGGUCAUUAGUUCAAUUCAAACAACAGUUUGUUCGUUUUAUGUGCAUGGGCCACUAAACGUUACAGUAUUCAUGUCGCAUAGCACACAUUGACAAUUAGUCAACAUCACUUUAUCGGUUUAGUAUGCUCUCUUACAAUGCGAACUAACGAAAUAUGACAGAUCUGAAGCAGAGCACACACAUAUUGAACACAAACGGUUCAAAUUCAUCGCACAAGUACUUUGACAUUUGCUUUGCUGUUGCAAACUCUGUUGUUUCUCUCUACAAAUGUAACACGGAUUUGUGUCGAUUUUUUUUGGCUUUUGAUGGCAUUUUUUGGAAGAGGUCAUUUAUUUUAUUCAAUUCAAAGAGGUCACACACUGGUUGAUUUGAUAAAAUGGCGACGUUGUUAGACUUGAAUGGUCGGUGUUUGAGAAAAAUAUGGGACUAUUUAGCUGUAUCGGAUCUCACCAACGUUGCAGAAGCCGCUGAAAUUACCGAUCAGGCAGUCAGGAGAUGGGACAACACCAAAACUAGUUUCGCACAAAAAUGCUUCCAAUUUGCUAGAUCUCUUCAGAAAGUAUUCUACAAAAAGAACGGCACAUGCGUUCAGAUCGACUGUAUUGAUGGCAAACAUAAGGUUCCGUUCGACCUAAAAUUACUGCAACGCUUUGGAAAUUUAAUCGAUUACCUGUAUGUCAAGUACGAUAACGACGACGAUCGAAUGGCAUUGAUGGUUGACGACGCAAUUCUGUCUUUUUGCUACCAAUCGUUGCGCUGCCUCCACCUGAUCAACAUCGACGAAGAUACGUUGUCAACGAUUUGGCGACCGUUUCCAAACGUUCGCGAUCUGAUCUUGAUCAAUGGAUAUUUGUCCGAGAAUCUGUCACAAUUCAAUACAUGGUUUCCAAAUAUGCAAUUGCUGAAGCUAAGCUCGAUGCAGUUCGACACAUCAGAAUGCAUCGAACAACAUUUUCCCCAUUUGAAAGUGCUUAAUUUGAGCAACGAAGAAUUUGUUCUGGACGAAUACAAUGACUAUAACUCAAGGAUUACUGAUUCAAAUGCGAAAAUCGCCAUACAAUUGAACCCACAAUUGUGCGCAUUGAAGUUAGCUGACGACGAAGCAGGCAGAGAUGAUUUUGGUAUUCGUGUGAAUAGACAAUUUUUAUAUUUUGUCCAACAAAAGUUGCCACAUUUGCAUAGCCUCGCAUUGGAUCUACACCAUUUGAAUGAACAGAGCAGCUAUGGUCUUGGUUGUAUCGAGUUUGAUAACCUCAAAAAAUUAGAGAUUCUGGUUAGAAAGCCGGACUUUUUAUCGAAAAUUCCAAUUUCAUCACAUCGAUUGAACGAUCUGACUGUGGCUAUUUCUAACGAUUGGAACUCAUCAACGACGGCGAACUUUGACAAUAUCGCCAGAUUCAUUGAAAACAACCCAAGCGAUAAAUUGUACAUCGAAGACCAUUUUUCCAAUUACGAUUUGUACAGCGGGAAUAUGAUCGGAUUGGUGAAUCAGCUGCCCAAACUGAAGGAAAUGGGCAUCGUUUAUGAUUGUCAAGGAACCACAUCCAUCGAUGCAAUCAUUUACUUUUUGUUCAAUUGUAAACGGAUUAGGAAAUUUAUCGCAUACAAUCCAAUCAGUGGCAAUGCCAUUGAGCCAAAUACGUUUGCCGAGUUUUUUGAGAGCUAUGCCGAAAUCAAUGCAUUCGAUGCCAAUGCUUGGAUUUUGGAAUUCGGCUCGAGAAAAAUUAAAACUCACGGUACUCAGCAAUUUAUUUCGUUCCGAAAGCGCAGAACAAAGUAGUAUAUUUACUCAAACUCUCAGUAGUUAAACUAAAUGAAAGAACAUAGUUGAUUAUUUUCCAAUUUACGUCUCUGUAGUUCGGAACGAACGAUUCCACCUAACCUAAAAUACCAUUCAAUAUCGAAAGAAGAAGAUGGCCUUAAGGAAUAAGAUCUCCAUAUGAAUGGUUUGGAGCGAAAAUGUAAUACAGAAAAGUUGAGCGAAAAAAUGUCGAUGAUGAAUGAGCGGAAAAGGGAUAGCUAUAUAGUAAACUGUAUAGUAAACUAUAGCGACAAAUAAAAUCUCAAUUGAAAACCUCAAUGCUGUUGGUAUUAAUAAAUCCGGUGUGAAAUAAGUUUUAUUAAGUAUAUUAAGUCAUAGAAAAAUCAAAAUGAUUAACAUUUCAUGUGGCUUAUCCUAAGUAUUUUCAGAUAAUUUCACAUAUUAAAUUUAUUUCCGUAUUCUAUGUUAAAAAAUUGGACAAUUAUUCAUGGUUAAUCUGUUGAAACUGCAUCCAUUUACAUGAAAUAAUGCGAAUAUGUCGUUAAAUGCAAAAUACAUGGCUAAUACUUGUUAAAUUUACAUCAUCAAAAAUAUACAUAAAAAUACCAUAGAAAAUAAUAAUCAUAAUUCAAACAUUGCUCGAUAAUCGUUAUGCCUUCUCUUCGAUUAAACGUCCUAUAGGACAAUCUAACUAAUAAAAAUGCUAUGCCUGUUAUUAUUAAUAGAACAAUUUAACGCGA